AUGGCCGCGAUCGGACGUCUGUCCCAGAAGCUCCUAAAGUCCGCUGCGCUGACCCAAACCCGUCAGCUGUCGGCUGCAGCGGCUCACGGCGAGCAAGCAGCCAAGACCUGGAAGAUCCUGUCGUUUGUGGUGGCGCUGCCCGGAGUCGCUGUGUGUAUGCUGAACAUGUACCUCAGGGCUCAACAACACCAGCAUGAGCAGCCCGAGUUCAUUCCCUACAGCCACCUGCGCAUCCGCAGCAAGCGUUUCCCAUGGGGUGACGGCUCCAAGUCGCUCUUCCACAACCCCCACGUCAAUGCCCUCCCUGACGGCUACGAGCAGCAUGAUCACUGA